ACUACCGGUUUCGACAUCAUGGCAGACUAUGAGGCAGUUUUGACGCAAUGCUUUCCAAAUAUCGACUCAGAAAUCGUUCAUUAUGUAAAUGGUAUGUUAGAAGAUGGUCAUGAUGAUUUUAAUACGUCGGAGGAUUUAUAUGAUGCCAUAGGUGGUAUUCUACAGGGCACUGACGACAGCAAGACAGAUGAUGAAAUCAAAAAUAUUUGUGAAAAACUUCACUCCUUGAUGUCAUUAACCAAUAAUAAAGACUCUGCUGCACCUGUACAAAAGUUACUAAAUGCUCCAGUUCAGAUAUCCAGUCUUCGAACAGAAACUGAGGAAAUCAAGCAAUCAAACAGUAUAUGGCUUUCUAAAAGAGACAGCAAUACAAUUGUUGAUCAAAAGAAAUUAGAGAAAGCAGAGGCACAAAUAAAGAAGAAACAGGACAGAAAGCAAGAUAACAAAUCAAAACCAACUAUACAGGAGGAAGCCACUGCUUGCCAACAAAUCAACAAGAAAGAUGUCAAGCUGGAUUUAUCUGGAACAAACAGAUCCAUGGACGUCAAGAUAGAGAACUUUGAUAUUGCAUUUGGUGAAAAACAGUUGAUCUCUGGGGCAUCAAUUCAUCUGAUCUAUGGUAGAAGAUACGGCUUUGUUGGUAGAAAUGGUCUAGGGAAAACCACACUGCUGAAAAUGAUUUCAAAAGGUCACUUGAUGAUCCCUUCACACAUAUCAGUUCUCCAUGUGGAACAAGAAGUGGAGGGUGACGAAACGAUCGCCCUGGAGAGUGUGCUGGAGUGUGAUGAGGAGAGAGAGAAACUUCUGAGGGAGGAGAAGGCUAUCUCACUGCAACUGUCCUCAAGUCCAAGUGGUGAUAACAUGUUGUCCACACGGCUGUCGGAGAUUUACCAGCAUCUGGAGGCCAUUGAGGCGGACAAGGCACCAGCCAAGGCGGCGGUGAUCUUGGCAGGCCUGGGAUUCACACCACACAUGCAGAAAAUGCCCACCAAGGAGUUUUCUGGAGGUUGGAGAAUGAGACUUGCCCUAGCCAGAGCUCUUUUCUCUCAACCAGAUCUUUUACUUCUUGAUGAACCCACAAACAUGUUGGACAUGAAAGCCAUUAUCUGGCUAGAGAACUAUCUACAGACUUGGAAAUCCACCAUCUUUGUUGUGUCUCACGACCGAUCGUUCUUAAAUGCUGUGGCCACAGACAUUUUACAUUUACAUAGUGGUGUAAUAGACAAUUAUCGUGGCAAUUACGAGUCGUUUACCAAAACUCGGGAAGAACGUCUAAAGAACCAGCAAAAGGAAUACGAGGCUCAGAAAGAGUACCGAGAUCAUAUACAGGUGUUCAUCGAUAGAUUCAGAUACAAUGCAAACAGGGCAACACAAGUACAGAGCAAGCUAAAGCUGUUAGAGAAACUACCUGAACUGAAACCCAUUGAGAAAGAGAGCAAAGUGACACUGAAGUUCACAGACUGUGAACACCUACAACACACGGUGCUACAGCUGGAUGAAAUGGACUUCUACUACUCCAAGGACAAGCCAAUAUUUAAGGACCUCAAUUUGAACACUCAGUCUGACUCCAGGAUCUGUAUCGUGGGAGAGAAUGGAGCUGGUAAGACGACCCUGUUGAAGAUUUUGCUGGGGGAGCUGGAGCCAGUGAAGGGCUGGAGAAAGGCCAACCGGAGUCUGUGUAUCGGCUACUUCAGUCAGCAUCACGUCGACCAGCUGGACAUGAGUAUGACGUCCAUAGAGCUGAUGGCACAGCGCUACCCAGGGAAGCCCUCAGAGUUGUACAGGAACAGGAUGGGGGCCUUUGGUGUAUCAGGAGAGCUGGCCACUCGUCCCGUCUCCAGUCUGUCUGGGGGUCAGAAGAGCAGGGUGGCUUUCGCUUUGAUUGACAUGCUCAAUCCUAAUUUCCUAAUCCUUGAUGAGCCGACGAACCAUUUGGACAUGGAAACGAUAGAGGCUUUGGGGAAUGCAAUACUGAAAUUCCAGGGAGGGGUGGUGCUGGUCUCCCACGACGAGCGACUAAUCCGAAUGAUAUGUAAGGAGCUAUGGGUGGUCAAGGAUGGGACGGUCAAAUCUCUGGAUGGAGGCUUCGACGAGUACCGCAACAUCGUGGAGAAGGAACUCGCCGAAAACGGCAUUUGAUGACCGCCUCAAGCUAGUCUCUGUAACUUUUUACUGUGCUCUUGUGAAAACUUUUAUAAAAUAUGAACUAUCAAGUGACUGGUGAUUGUGAUUCUGUACUGGUGCAACAGGAGAGUAGUGUAUAUGUAAAUGAUCACAAGCUGAGAGCAGGCUGUGUACGGCCUUGGGCUUUGUAUUGUCUGUGAUAACUUGGACGUGUUCUCUGCAGUGGAAGCAGGCUCAUCCUCCCGUAUGUGUUCUAGACAUAUAAUGGCUGGCAAGCACCGAGUCUACAAACUGUAAUUAGAUACAGGUCUUUGUAAAAGUAGUAAUCUAGUGCUUUUAAUUUAUCCAAAGACAAUAAAUUUCUAAAUAAUUAACUUUUUGACAAUACAUGAUACCAUGUUAUUCUCCCUUUAAAGAAUGUCAAAUAUUUUCAACUCAAUGUGAAAACAUUUAGAAAGAAUUCGGUGGUACUUGGAAUCAUGUUGAUUUCUGUGAGGCAUUUGUUAAUGCUGUCAAUAAAUUGCCUGUUAAGUACACAGGACUAGGAACAUGUC